AAGAAACAAGAUGGCGGCUGAAGGCGAUCCGGAGUGGGGCCCCAGCAAUUCGGAUUGAGCCUUCUCCCUCCACCCGCUUCCGCCGGCCGGGCCCCUCCCGCCCGGCCCCGCGGGCCUCCCCACCCGGCCCCGGCGCCCCCCACCGCCACCCCUCCGCCCGCCCCUCCCCCCUCCGCUUUCCCUUCUCCCCCCGCCUCAGCUCCGACAUGAGGGGCCGGCGGGGCAGGCCGCCCAAGCAGCCCGCGGCUCCCGCUGCGGAGCGCUGCGCCCCGGCCCCGCCGCCGCCGCCGCCGCCCACGUCCGGACCCAUCGGGGGGCUCCGCUCGCGGCACCGCGGCAGCAGCCGGGGCAGGUGGGCCGCCGCCCAGGCUGAGGUGGCGCCCAAGACGCGGCUGAGCUCGCCCAGGGGGGGCAGCAGUAGCCGGAGGAAGCCGCCGCCGCCGCCGGCCCCCCCUAGCACCAGCGCCCCGGGCCGGGGGGGGCGAGGAGGCGGGGGCGGCAGGACGGGGGGCGGGGGCGGCGGCGGCCACCUGGCCCGGACCACCCCGGCCCGGAGGGCCGUCAACAAAGUGGUGUACGAUGACCACGAGAGUGAGGAGGAAGAGGAGGAGGAGGACAUGGUCUCCGAGGAGGAGGAGGAGGAGGAGGACGGCGAGGCUGAGGAGACCCAGGAUUCCGAGGACGACGAGGAGGAUGAGAUGGAAGAGGACGACGAUGACUCCGAUUAUCCGGAGGAGAUGGAAGACGACGACGACGACGACGCCAGUUAUUGCACGGAAAGCAGCUUCAGGAGCCAUAGCACCUAUAGCAGCACUCCAGGUAGGCGAAAACCGAGAGUACAUCGGCCUCGUUCUCCAAUAUUGGAAGAAAAAGACAUCCCACCCCUUGAAUUUCCCAAGUCCUCUGAGGAUUUAAUGGUGCCUAACGAGCAUAUAAUGAAUGUUAUUGCCAUUUAUGAGGUACUGCGGAACUUUGGUACAGUUUUAAGGUUAUCUCCUUUCCGCUUUGAGGACUUUUGUGCAGCUCUGGUGAGUCAAGAGCAGUGCACACUUAUGGCAGAGAUGCACGUCGUGCUUUUGAAAGCCGUUUUGCGUGAAGAAGACACUUCCAAUACUACCUUUGGACCUGCCGAUCUGAAAGAUAGCGUGAAUUCCACGCUGUAUUUCAUUGACGGCAUGACGUGGCCAGAGGUGCUGCGGGUGUACUGUGAGAGUGACAAGGAGUACCAUCAUGUUCUUCCUUACCAAGAAGCAGAGGACUAUCCUUAUGGACCAGUAGAGAACAAAAUCAAAGUUCUGCAGUUCUUAGUUGAUCAGUUUCUUACCACAAACAUUGCUCGUGAGGAGUUGAUGUCUGAAGGGGUGAUCCAGUACGAUGACCACUGCAGGGUGUGUCACAAACUCGGGGAUUUGCUUUGCUGUGAGACCUGCUCAGCAGUGUACCAUUUGGAAUGUGUGAAGCCGCCUCUCGAGGAGGUGCCAGAGGAUGAGUGGCAGUGUGAAGUCUGUGUAGCACAUAAGGUUCCUGGUGUGACUGACUGCGUUGCUGAAAUCCAAAAAAACAAACCGUAUAUUCGACAUGAACCUAUUGGAUAUGACAGAAGUCGGAGGAAAUACUGGUUCUUAAACCGAAGACUCAUAAUAGAAGAAGAUACAGAAAAUGAAAAUGAAAAGAAAAUUUGGUACUACAGCACAAAGGUCCAGCUUGCAGAAUUAAUUGACUGUCUAGACAAAGAUUACUGGGAAGCAGAACUCUGCAAAGUUCUAGAAGAAAUGCGUGAAGAAAUCCACCGGCACAUGGACAUAACUGAAGACCUGACCAAUAAGGCUCGGGGCAGUAAUAAAUCCUUUCUGGCGGCAGCUAAUGAAGAAAUUUUGGAAACUAUAAGAGCCAAAAAAGGAGACAUUGAUAUUGUUAAAAGUCCAGAAGAAAUAGAAAAGGAGAAGAAUGAGACUGAGAAUAAUAACUCCAAAGAUGCUGAGAAAAGCAGAGAGGAGUUUGAAGACCAGAGUCUUGAAAAAGACAGUGAUGACAAAACACCAGAUGAUCCUGAGCAAGGAAAAUCUGAGGAGCCAACAGAAGUUGGGGAUAAAGGUAACUCUGUGUCAGCAAAUCUUGGCGACAACACAACAAAUGCUUCUUCAGAAGAGACUAGUCCCUCUGAAGGGAGGAGUCCCGUGGGGUGUCUCUCAGAAACCCAUGAUAGCAGCAACAUGGCAGAGAAGAAGGUGGCAUCUGAGCUCCCCCAGGAUGUGCCAGAAGAACCUAGCAAGACACGUGACAGCAGUAACACUAGUGCCACCACUACCUCCACCCAGCCUAAUCUGGAAAACAGUAACAGCAGCAGUGAACUAAAUUCUUCCCAGAGUGAAUCUGCUCAGGCAGCUGAUGAUCCUGAAAAUGGAGAAAGAGAAUCUCAUACACCUGUCUCUAUUCAAGAAGAGAUAGGUGAUUUCAAAUCAGAGAAGUCUAAUGGGGAAAUAAGUGAGUCUCCUGGAGGUGGAAGAGGAGCGUCUGGUUCAACUCGGAUUAUUACCAGGUUACGGAAUCCAGACAGCAAACUGAGUCAGCUGAAGAGCCAACAGGUGGCAGCUGCAGCCCAUGAAGCAAAUAAAUUAUUUAAGGAGGGGAAAGAGGUACUGGUAGUUAAUUCUCAAGGAGAAAUUUCACGGUUGAGCACCAAAAAGGAAGUGGUCAUGAAGGGAAAUAUCAACAAUUAUUUUAAGUUGGGUCAAGAGGGGAAGUAUCGCGUCUACCACAAUCAGUACUCCACCAAUUCAUUUGCUUUGAAUAAGCACCAGCACAGAGAAGACCAUGAUAAGAGAAGGCAUCUUGCACAUAAAUUCUGUCUGACUCCAGCUGGAGAGUUCAAAUGGAAUGGUUCUGUCCAUGGAUCCAAAGUUCUUACCAUAUCUACUCUGAGACUGACUAUCACCCAGUUGGAAAACAAUAUCCCUUCCUCCUUUCUUCAUCCCAACUGGGCUUCACACAGGGCAAAUUGGAUCAAGGCCGUUCAGAUGUGUAGCAAACCCAGAGAAUUUGCGUUGGCUUUAGCUAUUUUGGAGUGUGCAGUUAAACCAGUUGUGAUGCUCCCAAUCUGGCGGGAAUCUUUAGGACAUACCAGGUUACAUAGAAUGACAUCAAUUGAAAGAGAAGAAAAGGAGAAAGUCAAAAAAAAAGAGAAAAAACAAGAAGAGGAAGAAACAAUGCAACAAGCUACAUGGGUAAAAUAUACGUUUCCAGUUAAACAUCAGGUUUGGAAACAAAAAGGAGAGGAAUACAGAGUAACAGGAUAUGGUGGUUGGAGCUGGAUUAGUAAAACUCAUGUUUAUAGGUUUGUUCCUAAAUUGCCAGGCAAUACUAAUGUGAAUUACAGAAAGUCAUUAGAAGAAACUAAAAAUAAUAUGGAUGAAAAUAUGGAUGAAUCAGAUAGAAGAAAAAGUCCACGAAGUCCAAAAAAAAUAAAAACAGAGUCUGAUUCUGAGAAAGGCGAGGUAAAAGAUUCAGAUGCUACAAAAGGAGCAGACCAAAGUGAAAUGGACAUUUCAAAGGUUACUGAGAAGAAGGACCAAGACGUAAAAGAAGUUUUAGACUCUGACAAUGAUAAAUCCUUUAAGGAAGAACCGAUGGAAAUAGAUGAUGAUGUGAAAACAGAGUCACAUAUAAAUUGUCAGGAAAGUUCUCAAGUAGAUGUGGUCAAUGUCAGUGAGGGUUUUCAUCUAAGGACUAGUUAUAAAAAGAAAAUCAAAUCAUCCAAACUAGAUGGACUUCUUGAAAGGAGAAUUAAACAGUUUACACUGGAAGAAAAACAACGCCACGAGAAAAUGAAGUUGGAGGGUGGAAUUAAGGGUAUAGGAAAGACCUCCACAAGUUCUUCGAAAAGUCUGUCUGAAUCACCAGUAAUAACAAAAGUAAAAGAAGGGUGUCAAAGUGACUUGCUUACACAAGAACAGAGCUCUAAUGCAAGUAACGACAAAUCUGAAGACUUGAUUCGCGGAUGUUCACAAAAUGAUUCCUCAGUUCUUGGAAUCAGUGAUCCUGAUCAUACAACAAACAAACUUUAUUCAAAAGAUCAAAUGCUAGAUGAUGCCUCCAUUCAGAGCGCAGAGACAAACUGUCAGAAACAAAAUUCUAUUCGAAAUGACGUAGAUGAGAGUCUCUCUGACCCUGCCAGUAAAGGCCGGGAACCCAGUAAGAUUAAAACAAAAGGAAGUGAUUUUCUCAUGGAUGACGCUAAACUAGCCAGUGCAGAUGAAAUUGGUACUUUGAUCUAUAAGAACAAAAAACCACUCAUACAGGAAGAUAAUGACACCAUUGUGUCUCCUUCCCAGAGCCCUUUACUUCCAUCAGUACCUAAAAGUACUGAUGAUAGAGAUAUCCCAUCUCUGUCAAAAGCAAUAGACUUUGAAGGAAAAUUGGGAUGUGAUUCUGAAUAUAAUAGCACUUUGGAAAAUAGUUCUGAUACUAUGUCUAUUCAAGACAGCAGUGAAGAAGAUAUGAUUGUUCAGAAUAGCAAUGAAAGUAUUUCUGAGCAGUUAAUAACUCAAGAACAAGGUAGUGAAGGCUUAGAACCAUUGAAACAUGAGUUUGUUUCAGAUAAGACCACUGGAAACUGUGACGACAGGCUGCAGGCUAAGGUAAAUGAAGCAAAUGGUAAAAAAACAAGUCAAGAUCAGAAAUUAGAGGAGAGACCACUUAAUAAACGUAUCGAUCAAAUCAAUCUGAAAAGUGUCACUGACAAAAAGAAUAAUGAAAACCGAGAGUCUGAAAAGAAAGGACAGAAAGCAAGUACCUUUCAAAUAAAUGGAAAAGAUAAUAAACCUAAAAUAUAUUUGAAAGGUGAAUGCUUGAAAGACAUUUCUGAGAGUAAAGUAGGAAGUUGUGACGUUGAACCAAAGGUUAAUAAUAUAAAUAAAAUAAUUCCUGAAAAUGAUAUUAAGUCUUUGACUGUUAAAGAAUCCGCUGUAAAGCCAUUCAUGAAUGGUGAUGUCAUCAUGGAAGAUUUUAAUGAAAAAAACAACUCGGAAACAAAGUCAUGUUUACUGAGGUCUUCGGAUACUGAAGGCGACUACCGAGAUCGCCUAGUGACCCUGCCAUCAACCAAAGAGUCUGAGGGUACCCAAGCCACCACGCCUCUGCCAUCUUGUCCAGAAAGCAGUUCAGCCCAUCAGGAAGAAGAUAUGGAAAUUGAAACCUGCGAAGUUAAGAAAGUUACUUCGUCUCCUGUUACUUCUGGAGAAGACUCUAACUUCAGUAAUGAUUUCAUUGAUGAAAAUGGCCCGCCCACCAACAAAGAUGAAACUAUCAAUGGAGAAUCUAAAAGAAAAACAGUCAUCACAGAAGUCACCACCAUGAUGUCCACAGUAGCCACAGAGUCAAAAACCGUAAUUAAGGUAGCAAAAGUUGAUAAGCAGACUGUGGUCUCUUCCACAGAAAAUUGUGCCAAGUCCACUGUCACGACCACCACCACAACGGUAACAAAGCUUUCCACGCCCUCCACAGGCAGCAGUGUGGACAUAAUCUCUGUGAAGGAGCAGAGUAAAACCGUGGUCACCACGACAGUGACGGACUCCCUGACCACCGCCGGAGGCACUCUGGUGACGGCUAUGACCGUGAGCAAAGAAUACUCCACAAGAGACAAAGUGAAACUCAUGAAGUUUUCAAGACCCAAGAAGACUCGCUCAGGUACCGCUCUGCCAUCGUACAGAAAGUUUGUCACCAAGAGCAGCAAGAAGAGCAUAUUUGUUUUGCCCAAUGAUGACCUAAAAAAAUUGGCCAGAAAAGGAGGAAUCCGAGAAGUCCCUUAUUUUAAUUACAAUGCAAAACCUGCCUUGGAUAUAUGGCCAUAUCCUUCUCCUAGACCAACCUUUGGUAUCACUUGGAGGUAUAGACUUCAGACUGUGAGGUCCUUAGCUGGAGUGAGUCUUAUGUUGCGGUUACUGUGGGCAAGUCUGAGAUGGGAUGACAUGGCAGCCAAGGCUCCUCCAGGAGGAGGGACUACACGGACAGAAACAUCUGAAACUGAAAUCACAACAACAGAAAUAAUUAAGAGGCGAGAUGUUGGUCCUUAUGGCAUUCGAUCUGAAUAUUGUAUCAGGAAAAUCAUCUGCCCCAUUGGAGUUCCAGAAGCACCAAAAGAAACACCUACGCCUCAGAGGAAAGGCCUUCGAUCGAGUGCAUUGCGGCCAAAGAGACCAGAAACGCCCAAGCAAACUGGCCCUGUUAUUAUUGAAACGUGGGUAGCAGAGGAAGAGUUGGAAUUAUGGGAGAUCAGGGCGUUUGCUGAGAGAGUGGAGAAAGAAAAGGCACAAGCAGUUGAGCAACAGGCUAAGGUUAGUGAACAGAAGAAGGCAGAGGACUUCAAGGCCCAAAUGGAGGCUCACCUCAGACAGCAGCGAUUGGCUGCCCAGCAGAAACGAUUGGAACAGCAGAAGCCUACAGUAAUUGCAGCUUCCACUACUUCCCCAACAAACAGUACAACUAGUACCAUCUCUCCAGCACAGAAAGUUAUGGUGGCCCCCAUAAGUGGCUCAGUUACAACUGGCACUAAAAUGGUACUAACUACGAAAGUUGGAUCUCCAGCUACAGUAACAUUCCAGCAGAACAAGAACUUUCAUCAGACCUUUGCUACCUGGGUUAAGCAAGGCCAGUCAAAUUCAGCCACCAGCACAGCUGCCACAUCUGCUACAACCAUUGCCAGCACAGGUCAGACGUUCCAAAUUACAGGCAAUCCAGUCACUAUGGCAGGAAAAGUAAUUACCAAACUGCCACUUCCUGCAAACAGCAAGAUUGUCGCUGUAAAUGUGCCAGCAACGCAAGGAGGCGUUGUUCAAGUACAGCAGAAAGUCCUGGGUAUCAUUCCAUCCAGUACAGGUACAAGUCAGCAAACCUUUACUUCAUUCCAGCCCAGGACAGCAACAGUCACGAUUAGGCCCAAUACCUCAAGUUCUGGAGGAACUACAAGCACUUCCCAAGUAAUCACAGGGCCUCAGAUCCGCCCUGGUAUGACGGUGAUUAGAACACCACUCCAACAGUCAACACUAGGAAAGGCAAUUAUUCGAACACCUGUGAUGGUACAGCCAGGUACUCCUCAGCAGGUGGUGACGCAGAUCAUCAGAGGGCAACCUGUUUCCACUGCGAUCUCUGCCCCUAGUACAGUUUCCUCAACACCUGCACAGAAAGGAUUAACUUCAGGAGCACCCACUGCAAGUCUACAGCCUUCAACCUCACAGCCCCCUCGCCCCCAGCAAGGACAGGUGAAGCUUACCAUGGCUCAACUCACCCAGUUGACACAGGGCCACGGUGGCAAUCAAGGUUUGACAGUAGUGAUUCAAGGACAAGGCCAAACUACUGGACAGUUGCAGUUGAUACCUCAAGGGGUGACUGUACUUCCCGGUCCAGGACAGCAGCUGAUGCAAGCCGCAAUGCCGAACGGUACCGUCCAGCGGUUCCUCUUCACCCCACUGGCAACAACGGCCACGGCAACCAGCACCACCACCACCACUGUUUCCACUACAGCAGCAGGUACAAGUGAACAAAGACAGAGUAAAUUAUCGCCCCUGACACAGGUGCAGCCAGCCAAGAGCCUGCCUCCAGCUCAGCCGUCGAGCGUGAGUCCUGCAGAAGCCCAGCCUCAGACUGCUCAGCCCGCACAGCCCCAGCCCCCAACCCAACCCCCGUCCCCAGCUCAGCCUGAAGCCCAGACCCAAGCAACUGCUGCCUCCCACGUCCCACCUGAAGCACAGCCCACCCAAACACAGUCCUCCAAACCCCAAGGUGCAGGACAGUGUCAGCCUCAGAGUAAUGUCCAAGGACAGUCUCCUGCUCGUGUCCAGAGUCCACCACAGACUCGAAUGCGUCCAUCAACUCCAUCCCAAGUGUCUCCUGGACAGCAGUCCCAGGGUCAGACUACAGCCUCACAGCCGAUUCCAAUUCAGCCACACACAUCUCUUCAGCCACCUUCCCAGGGCCAGCCACAGUCACAACCCCAGGUACAGUCUUCAACUCAAACUCUUUCAUCAGGACAAACGUUAAGCCAAGUUACUGUUUCGUCCCCAUCCCAUCCUCCGCUCCAAGUACAGCAGCCUCAGCCCCAAGUCCUUGCUGUGCCGCAGCUGCAACAAGUCCAGGUUCUCUCCCAGAUUCAGUCACAGGUUGUGGCUCAGAUACAGGCUCAGCAAGGUGGUGUGCCCCAGCAGAUCAAACUCCAGUUACCCGUUCAGAUGCAGCAAAGCAGCCCUGUGCAGACUCACCAGAUUCAGAAUGUGGUUACAGUGCAGGCAGCCAGUGUGCAAGAGCAGUUGCAAAGGGUUCAGCAACUCAGGGAUCAGCAGCAAAAGAAGAAGCAGCAACAGAUAGAAAUUAAGCGGGAACACACUCUCCAAGCUUCUAAUCAAAGCGAAAUCAUUCAGAAACAGGUGGUGAUGAAGCAUAAUGCUGUAAUAGAACAUUUAAAACAGAAAAAGACCAUGACUCCAGCUGAAAGAGAAGAGAAUCAAAGAAUGAUUGUCUGUAACCAGGUGAUGAAGUAUAUUUUGGAUAAGAUAGAUAAAGAAGAAAAACAGGCAGCAAAAAAACGGAAGCGAGAGGAGAGUGUGGAACAGAAACGUAGCAAACAGAAUGCCAGCAAGCUCUCUGCACUGCUCUUCAAGCACAAAGAGCAACUCAAAGCCGAAAUACUGAAAAAGAGGGCGCUGCUGGACAAAGAUCUACAAAUUGAAGUGCAGGAAGAGCUCAAGAGGGACCUGAAAAUUAAGAAGGAAAAAGACAUGGUGCAGGCCACAGCUGUCGCUGCCACCUCCCCCGCCGCAGCACCGGCACCUCCAGCCCCUCCGCCUUCCCCGCCGCCUCCGCCCCCGCCGCAGCACUCAGGCCCCCUAGCCACGGCCACGGCCACGGCCACGCUGCCUGUGGCUUCCCAGAAGAGGAAGCGAGAAGAGGAAAGAGACUCAAGCUCCAAGUCGAAGAAGAAGAAAAUGAUCUCUACUACCUCAAAGGAAACGAAGAAGGACACGAAGCUUUACUGUAUUUGUAAAACGCCUUACGAUGAAUCUAAGUUCUAUAUUGGCUGUGAUCUUUGUACUAACUGGUAUCAUGGAGAAUGUGUUGGCAUCACAGAAAAGGAGGCUAAGAAAAUGGAUGUGUACAUCUGUAAUGAUUGUAAACGGGCACAAGAGGGCAACAGUGAGGAAUUGUACUGUAUCUGCAGAACACCUUAUGAUGAGUCACAAUUUUAUAUUGGCUGUGAUCGGUGUCAGAAUUGGUACCAUGGGCGCUGCGUUGGCAUCUUGCAAAGUGAGGCAGAACUCAUUGACGAGUAUGUCUGUCCACAGUGCCAGUCAACAGAGGAUGCCAUGACAGUGCUCACGCCACUAACAGAGAAAGACUAUGAGGGCUUGAAGAGGGUGCUGCGUUCUUUACAGGCCCAUAAGAUGGCCUGGCCUUUCCUUGAACCAGUGGAUCCUAAUGAUGCGCCAGAUUAUUACGGUGUUAUUAAGGAACCUAUGGACCUUGCCACCAUGGAAGAAAGAGUACAAAGAAGAUACUAUGAAAAGUUGACGGAAUUUGUAGCAGACAUGACCAAAAUUUUUGAUAAUUGUCGUUACUACAAUCCAAGUGACUCUCCUUUUUACCAGUGUGCAGAAGUUCUUGAGUCAUUCUUUGUACAGAAAUUGAAAGGAUUCAAGGCUAGCAGGUCUCAUAACAACAAACUGCAGUCUACAGCUUCUUAAAGUUCAGCGUGUUAACCUAGCAUAAAACACAGCAAGAAUCUGGUUGAACUGUUUUAAAUUAAGGAGCCAGAUGUUUUUAGUCAGGUUAUCCUGACAAGACUUGACCUAAACUUCGUUUUUAUUGGUCAUAACAGUCCAAUUAUAUUCUUGGCCAAUUUUGUCCAACGGACAAGGGAAAAAGCAAAGUCAACGACACCAUUAUCUUGUCAAGAUCAAAUGGUUUUACUAUUGUGGCAGAAGCGGGAAAACUUUGUUUAUUGAAGAAAAAAAAAAGAAAGAAAGAAAGAAAAAAAGAUAAUAUGGGGUCAAGUGUAACUCCAUGGAAAUGCCACGUCUGCUCUUCAGUGAAGAAGCUGGUUUAGAGUCUCACAGAAAACUUUCAACUGUAUUUAUUUAUUGUUGCAAAAAAGACGCUUUUUUAUUGCUGCCCUCAUUUGUCAGCUAAUUAUUUUUUCUUAUAAAAUCCAGCCCUGGUUACAUGUAAUCCAUUCUAUAUCUUAUCAUGAUUCCUGUAGGUAAAAGUACAAGAUGACCUCUAGAUGUCUUUUCUUUCUAUGAAAGGAGCUGCUAUGUACACAUGUGCACACACACACAACUGGGAAUCAACAAUGAGUUUAUUGUUCAUAGUAGAUAAAAAUUAAGCUUGCAUAAAGGUUGGGCUAAGUGGUCCUGGACUACAGACUGUGUUGCCUUGAAUAUAACAGUACAAUUUGUCAUUUACUCUGCACCAGGUUAAAAUGAGUAAAAUCUAUUUGAAGGUAUCUUGUUUGUAAACAUUUGUCAGAUUCUAAUUUUUUUUCUUUUUGUAUUAAAAUUCAACUAUGGAUGUAUAUGAAACAAAAUAAAUGGAGAUAAUUUUUCUCCCA